ACUGCAUGUUGAAGAAGAACGUCAUCUGCCUCAUACAUUUAGCUUUAGCCAAAAUUAGCUAGUUGUUCAAGUCUUAGAUACAUCUUGUCGAAGCGGGUGUUUUUCCUUUCAACCGACAGCCUGCGUAACGGUUAUUUAUUUGGUUCUCCCCGGGUUCCCAGUGCCAAACAUGUACAUAAAAGCCUUACUCCGAUGCAGAGACAUGCUGAAAGGAGAACUGAUCGUGUGAAAUGCUGGCUAGCCUAAUCAAAGCUAGCUGACGAGCAGGGGCCGAGAAACGAAAGUGGCUAACGUUACCAAGAAAUAAGCCUAUCACAACAAGCCUGGGUGCUUAAACCUACCUGCGUCUGAAGCCACAAGAAGACGGACUGAUAGCGAUAGUUUGUUUCCUAUAAAGUAGCAGUGGGUCUCUCUAGGGCAGAGCCAUGGGUGCGUUCUUGGACAAGCCCAAGACAGAGAAGCACAACUCACAUGGUGAGGGAAAUGGCCUGCACUAUGGACUGAGCUCCAUGCAAGGCUGGCGGGUGGAGAUGGAGGAUGCUCACACAGCUGUGUUGGGACUUCCUGCUCCUGGUAUGACUGACUGGUCCUUUUUUGCUGUGUACGACGGUCACGCUGGCUCAAGGGUUGCCAACUACUGCUCUAAGCAUCUUCUGGAACACAUAAUCAGCGCUAGUUUUGGGGCCGGAGGGACACAAGGCUCCCAGGCUGGUUCAGACGGCUCCACCACUGACCCUCCAGCACCGGUUCCUCCUACAGUGGAGGCUGUGAAAUCUGGGAUCCGGACAGGCUUCCUGAGGAUUGAUGAGCACAUGCGUAGCUUCUCUGACCUUCGAAAUGGCAUGGACCGUAGUGGCUCCACAGUAGUUGGAAUCCUCCUGUCACCGGAUCAUUUCUUCUUCAUUAACUGUGGUGAUUCUCGUGCUGUUCUAUACCGCAAUUCACAUGUGUGCUUCUCCACACUUGACCACAAGCCUUGCAACCCACGUGAGCGAGAGCGCAUCCAGAAUGCUGGCGGCUCAGUGAUGAUUCAAAGGGUUAAUGGGUCACUGGCUGUAUCAAGGGCUCUGGGGGAUUACGACUACAAGUGUGUGGAUGGGAAAGGGCCCACAGAGCAGCUGGUUAGCCCAGAACCAACAGUGUUUGAGAUGGUUCGGGCCCCUGAACAGGAUCAGUUUGUGAUCCUGGCGUGUGAUGGCAUCUGGGAUGUCAUGUCCAAUGAGGAGCUGUGUGAGUUUGUGAAAUCUAGGCUUGAGGUGUCUGAUGACCUGGAGAGAGUCUGCAAUGAAGUAGUGGACACCUGCCUGCACAAGGGGAGUCGGGAUAACAUGAGUGUUGUGUUAGUGUGUUUGCCCAACGCUCCCAAAGUGUCAGAGGAAGCUGUGCGGAAAGACGCUGAGCUCAACACAUAUCUGGAGACUCAAGUGGAAGAAAUGCUGUCUCGCUCAGAGGAGGACGGGUUUCCGGACCUGGUAACGGUGAUGAGGAACCUGUCCACUGACAGCGGCAUGCCCACUCUUCCACCAGGGGGAGGCCUUGCCAGCAAACGUAAUGUUAUUGAAGCAGUAUACAACCGUCUGAACCCAUACAGAGAGGAAGAUGGGCCCUCCUGUUUCAUUUGAGUGGAGCUGAGUUGGAGUACCACUGGUAGCUGUCCAGCACAACUGCCUGAUUCCCCCCCCAAAAAAAAAAAAAAGACCCAGGACCACUUUUUCUGACAAGAUCACAUCCAUAGUCACCUUUUAAUUUCCUCUGGGAUUUUUUUUAUUUUUAUUUCCCCCCCCUCACACUAAGACAUCAAUCGAAGCAUAAAUCCCAUUUUUUAAAAACCAACACACCCGGUGUGGAGGACUGCAAAACAGAUUUUGUUGGUUCCUUUUGUAGAACAAGAACGGGCAAAAAAUAAGAAGCUGCAUUGAUGGUCUGAAAGCAGAACUACAUACACAGUAUAUACAUCAGAGGAGAAGCAAACAAGCAUAGUUUCUCGUGCACAUUGUUUUCUUGCUUUCUUUGUGGUGGUUGUUUUUGUUGUUGAUUGAUGGAGACACAGGAGCAGCCCCUGCUCUACUCUAUGCUGCCUUCCUCAGAUCUGAGAUAAGGGCGGACCUCACAACUCUACAGUCAGCCAACCACUCAUGGAUAAGAUACUGAAUGGACUAAAGUGGUUUGUUGGAUGCACCUUUUUUAUUUUAUUUUAUUUUUUUUUUUGGGACAAUAUUUGUUUUGAAGUGUAAACUUUACUUGCACCUGACUGGCAGCCAAUCAGCCACACAGAAGAAGUCAGUAGGCCCGGGGCAUUACUGUUACUCAAACAAGGUCCAACACUUCACCUGCCCAUGCACCCAGAAAAGCUCCACAGAACACCGGGAUUAAAAAACUUCAGAAGUCCUCGCUAUCCAAAGACCUCUUGGUUAAAGACUCAAAUUCAGGGACCAAGAGCCCAUCGGCUGGGGCUACACACCUGAAUGCGAGGGGAGCACUCAUGAUAGAACCGAGUCUGUCUGGCGACAAAUUUCCGUUUGGCUCCUCCACACUGUGUCCAAACUAAAACGGGACAUGGGACCUGUGUGCCUGGCUGCAGAUGGGAAUUACAUGGAGACAAUUCAAACUCAAGUGUGAUGACUCUUCUUGCACGUCCCUGCUCACUUUCUCUCCUCCUGUCUCUUAAAGGAUAUUAUCAAACAGUUGAUCCCCCCCCCGUCUCUUUCUCUUUCCGCUUCUGUCUGUCUCUUCACAUGACAGAAGAGACUCGGCUGUCAUCUGCAUCGGCAGACGUUGCCAGAAUCAUAAGCUUUUAAGCCUGCUGUUGUUUAAGAGAUAGAAAGAUAGAAAUUAUAUAUUAAAUUCAUAUAUAUAGAUAUAUAUUUUGAUUUGUUUGUUUCAUCUUAAUUCCUAGCCAUGGUAUUCAUUGUGGCCUAACAUGCGUGUGGUCUGUGUGUGUGUGAGACAAAUUUAAACAGAAAAGUUGCACACACAGUGUUCCCACACAGCAGCUUUCCAAAGACAGGGUUUGGGGUGAAGGAAUUCCAGCCUCACCUUCUUCUUCUUCCCCCUUUCUUCUCAACACGUGCACACAAACAAUACUGCUUAUGCUACAAUUCGCCUUUUCUAUCUCUGAAAUAUCCUGUGUAAAAAAAAAAAAAAAGAAAAGAAAAAAAGAAGCCUUUUUUGUUUUGAUUGAAAAGAAAUUCCACCCUUUUUUAUGUCUUUUAAAAAUGUUUUUGGUAUAUAUGGCUUUUCAAAGUACUGUGGCUGUGGUUCUAUUACAGAUGGAUAAAAAAAAAAAAAAAAAACAAGGGGAGCAUGAACUAUACCUUGUACAGCAGAUUGGGAGAGGGAGGGAGGUGUGUGGUGUUUCACUGUAUGAAGAAUAGGAGGGACACUGUAGGACAGGAGAGAAUAGGCCCUACACCCAGAGCCGUGUUCACACUGUCACCGAAAUUGCUGUCCUUAAUAUUUCCACAGCUAUCUUCGUAGACUUUGCCUCGAAAGGCGCAGGACGGUUGCUGGGAAAGCCCCAGGUUUAACCCUUUGGGCUUUCAUUUCUGUCUCCCCAAGCACUAAUAAGUGAUAGAAACAAAUAUUUGGCAGAAAAAGCCUCUUUCUUUUUUGAAACAAAUGUGCUCAUAGACAAAGUGGAUACACAUACUUUGCAUGUGUAUUCUUUUCCGUAGAUGUGUUUAAAAUAGGCUAUAAGUAUAUACAAACCUGUAAUAUACAUUUUUUUUUUUUUUCAACCAUUCAAUGGCAAAUUCAUUGUGCUUUCUGAAGUGGCAGUAUUGAAAGAGAAUAGGCCUAACAGAGUUUGCUGGCUGAUUAAUCUUCUUGUGGUACACUUGCUCUUGGUGCCAUAUGACAAGUAGGUACUUGAAUGUGUAGUUCUUUUGCAGUUGCAUUGUUUUAAUGGGAUGAUUUAUUUUUUCUUUGUUUGUGGUGGAGGGAGCGGGAGGGGUGGGGGGGUCUCUAUAGUUGUGCAUGUUUUUUGAUUGAGGGAGGAUUUGUGUGUGAGUGGGAGAUGUACUGGGCAGAUGGGGAUAAUGUGGGCAUGUUCAGUGUGCUGGAACACAAUGUUAGAGAGGAAAGGUGAUUGGAAAAAUGAACACAAAGAAAGGACGACACAUAGCAGGACAUAGCGUUUUUCAUUCAGUAACUUAAUUGCCAUUUGUUUUCAGACUGAAAUUCAGUUGGGCCAGUUUAUUUUAAAAGCCCAGAAUAGUUGAUUAUUUUUCACUGUAUCUGAUUUGAUAUAUUCCUAAAAUGAGAUCAUUCCCAAUUAUGGACUCCUACAUUGUAUUUCCUGGCUUUUUAACAUUGUAUUGGGUUUUACCACACUGAACACAGUCCUCAGUUUGGGGUUAUGUUUAAGCUAUAUCAGACACUGGGCUAGGAGAGAAAUUAAGGGAGGGAAGGACGGAAAAACAUUUAUUUUUAUUUUUUUUUAAUGUAAUUUUUCAUUAUUCACUCUGAUUCCACUGCAUGGACUGAAUACAAGCAGCACUGCAGCAUCACAUUCUCCUCAUCAGUCAUUUAAUAACAAAACAAGCUCUCUGGGCUCCCUUUUUGUUUUGGGAAAAAAAAAAAAGCACUUAAUCAUUAUUCUUAUUGUGGAAUAUAAUCUGAAGACUGUAACUUUUUUUUGAAGGAGACUUUGGAGGUGUUGUGAUGCUUGAAUAAUUCGACCCUGACUUACUACCAACCUAACUCCUUAUACUAAGGACUUUAAGUAAAGAUCAUUUUACGAAGCAUGUUGUCUCCUGAACCUGCCAGUUAUUAAUCUGGGCCGACUGGGUCGAUGUGACCUCAAGGACAAAGAAUUUGGAAGCGGUGGAAAAAGGGGGGAGCAAACUUCACGUCACAUUCCUCCUGUGGGUUUUUUUUAAGAUGGAGAUGAACCCUUGUACUCUUUGUCACCUCCUUCUGUUGUCUUGAGUCACACUUUAUAUACAUACUAUUAGAAUUGACAGAUGUAUGAUGGCAAUGGUAAAAUUCCACACUUGUUUUUAUUUAUUCCUGUGCUUUUUAGCUCUUAUAAAAAAUGCUGUAUUUUGAAGACCGAAUGAGGUAAUGAUAAACUGGUGUGCAUUUGAGAGUAUUGUAUGGCCCACUCACCUUCGCCUUUGACCCUUUUGAGAAGACUAAAGGAAGGCGAGGUUUAUAAAACACGCAGGGUAUUCACCAUUCCUUCUUCCUGUACUAAUUUCCCAGUAUGCUAUUGUGAUGUUACAGACCAUACAGUGAACAUAAACGUCAAUAAAAGAUGGAUUUAAGUUUAAA